ACAUGUUCAACUACAUAGUAUCAAGCCAUCCAUCCCACCAAACCUCACCACCAUGUCCGCCCCCCGGCGCAAAGAACGAAUCGCCUUCGUGACCAUCGGCGCAAGCGCCAGCUUCCAGCCUUUGAUCGCCGAAGUCCUCUCGCCCGACUUCAUCGCGAAGCUGAGGGCCGCGCGCUUCACGCACCUCAUCGUGCAGUACGGCCCUGACCUCAGGUGCUUCGACGCCGCCAAGCCUGCCCCGGAGGGCCUCAACGACAACAACUCUCUCAUCGUCACCGGCUUCGCUUACAAGGAGAGCCUGCGCAAGGAGAUGGAGCUCACGACCGCCAAGGAAACUAGCGUCUUCGUUCGCGAGAAGGGACUCAUUGUUACGCAUGCUGGCUCCGGCAGCAUCCUCGAUGCUCUCGACUUCGACACUACCGUCAUUGCGGUGCCCAAUCCGUCUUUGAUGGACAACCACCAGUCGGAGAUUGCCACCGAGAUGGAGAACGAGGGAUUUCUCAUCCAGGGCAAGCUAGGCUCCCUCGCAACCCUCAUCAACGACGACACUCUAACCCAGCCCACAAACCUGUGGCCCCCGGAGCCCACCGCCGACACGGCCUGGCAAGGCGGUCUCUGGGAAGUCAUCAACUCCCUGAUGCCCCAGCGCAAGCUAUCCGAUCGCACCGCCAAGUAAGGUAUUCUCCCCAUCUCUGGCAAACACCAUGCCUUCUCGGUGGAUAACCAGGCUUGAUGAUGCGUGGAGGAAUGAUGGGCUAACCGAUGAAAUGAUGAAUGAAUGAACGCGUAAACGAAUGCAUCUCGGCGUUUGAUGGAUGGAUGGAUCGGGGGUUGUGCUCUUAUUGAUACCCUACCUACCUCACCAAUUUGAUUUUCUAUAAGUAACAAUUAGUUACCUGCUAAACCAUCCCCCGUGGGAUAUGCACCUAACUUAGGUCCUGCCUAUCGUACCUAUCGUAUGAACUCAAUGAGCAGUUAGUUCAAAAACAGCAAGAUCAUGCUUGCUUUUUUUUUUU